AUGCUGGGCGAUUUCAAGCGCAAGUACUUCGAUGCGCCGGAGGCGAAUUUUCUAGCGGCAUUGUUCAAUCUGCUUGCUGCCGCACUGGCGGUUUCUGCAUUAAUGUGCGAUAACUGGAUUCAAGUGGGUGGUGGGGAAGACGAUGAUGUUGGCCGAGUCGAUGGCAACAGAACCGAGGGUUUCAGCGCAGGGUUUACGCGAAUUGCUCACUGCAAAGGUAUCGGCAUCCGGCAUUUUUGGCGCGCCGCUAAAUUCGGCUCCUACAUGGACGUGAACGGUGUGAAGCAUAUGACGUAUCAUUUCGGUGGUCAAGGUGUGUUGCGUUUAAUUCUGGAAUUAAUACCAGGCGCUCAUUUAGGUUCCGAAUAA